CACGAACCGGCGACGUAGUGUAGCUCCAAAAACCAACUGAAUAUAUACAAGUUCAUCAUCGUGAUGUUGGUUGGAAAAAAGUGCGAAACUAAGACUAGCCGCGAGCCGUGAAUUACGAGACGGAAACUAAGCUCGUUACAAUUAGUUCCGACAGUAUCGAAACCUCUUGGAGAACGAAACUGGAGGAAUCUCGAUUACGCGGUAAAACUACGGGCCCCCCGUUACCGGGUUGCGGGAAAAGCGGUUACGCCGAAGCUGCGCAGGGAUGAGGAGUCGAUCGGUUGUAGUUUUGUGCUGCUACCUUUACACCCUCUUCGACAUUGCAGCGUUGCACUUUCCAGACCUGGAGCUCGAGGAGUACGGUAGGAAAGAGGCAUCUUUAUCCCUCAGAGACAUCCUGCCCCUGAACCCGAAACAGUACGACAAGCACAGGGCACCCAAGUAUCUAGGACAACCGACUGUGGUGUAUUUUCACGUAACUGUACUAAGCCUGGAUUCAAUAAACGAGGAGUCUAUGACGUAUGUUGCAGACAUAUUUCUGGCCCAGAGUUGGCGAGAUUCCCGUCUCAGGCUGCCCGAAAAUAUGUCAGAAGAAUAUCGGAUCCUCGAUGUCGACUGGCUCCACAACAUUUGGCGACCGGACUGCUUCUUCAAAAACGCGAAGAAAGUUACCUUUCACGAAAUGUCCAUACCCAAUCACUACCUGUGGCUUUACCAUGACAAAACCCUCCUCUACAUGUCCAAACUCACCCUAGUCCUUUCGUGCGCCAUGAAGUUCGAAUCUUACCCACACGACACACAAUACUGUUCCAUGAUGAUCGAGAGCCUUUCCCACACGACACAGGACCUGGUGUUCGUCUGGAAUAUGACUGACCCGCUGGUAGUGAACCCUGAGAUAGAACUCCCACAGUUGGACAUAUCGAACAAUUACACAACCGACUGCACGAUCGAGUAUUCAACCGGGAACUUCACCUGCAUACAAAUAGUAUUUAAUUUGCGAAGGAGAUUGGGUUACCAUCUGUUUCACACUUACAUACCGUCGGCCCUGAUCGUCGUCAUGUCCUGGAUCGCCUUUUGGAUUAAACCUGAGGCCAUUCCGGCUCGAGUCACCCUGGGGGUUACGUCGCUUUUGACUCUGGCAACGCAGAACACCCAGUCCCAGCAGUCGCUGCCUCCUGUUUCGUACGUCAAAGCAAUCGACGUGUGGAUGUCUUCCUGUAGUGUUUUCGUAUUUUUGUCACUGAUGGAGUUCGCGGUCGUGAACAACUACAUGGGACCCAUUGCCACGAAAGCGAUGAAGGGCUACUCGGACGAAGACUUGCGAGAAGCCAUCGACGAGUUCAAGACACCCAUGCGGUCGGACUCUGAGAGAAGCAGAAGUCCGGGUCGGCCGCCUACGGUGCAGUACGAGACUUGCUGCCAGGGUCGAGCGACUGCUAUCUACAUCGACAAGGUGUCGAGGUUCUUUUUCCCGUUUUCAUUCUUCAUAUUAAACGUCGUCUAUUGGAGUACCUUCCUCUAGCCCAAGCUCCUUGACUUUUGUUAAUCUAUUGUCAUAACUCUGCGGCGUUUUUAACCUUCUACUUACUAUUGCCCAGAAAGCGCAACAGAGGUUAUACGAUCAACUUACGUAUACGUCUACCACAUCACCAACAUACGGCGAUAUAUAGUACUCAUACAAUCGUUGAUCCGGCAAGUUUGGACAAACUGUAAUGAUAUGUAGAAUGAACAGCAAACUUACCGAUGUGUUCUCUAGAAGUUCAACCUGGUUAUAAAAAAAUUGCUUAGAUUAUUCUUACGUUUCAUGCAUUCAAUUUACAUUAAAUUUACGAUUGCUCCAUUUACAUGUUUUCAUAAUUACGUACAUAAAUAUUCUACAAUAAUGCUACAACGUUGGAAAGGACACGAAAUGCAUGAGGCGUGGAUAUAGACAAUACUUUAUUUCCAUGUAUAUUCUUCUUGCCGGUUGUUUAUAUAUGUAUAAUAUAUAUACACAUUUAUAAUUUAUAUAAAUAUGGAUGUAUAAUAUAUUUAUAUAAAU